AGGUGCCUACACAGAUGCCUGAGGGACCUGACGACAUGUUUUUAACAAGUCCCGUUGUCCGGGCAUUUUCCUGAGUAAAAAUCAGCUUGAAAUCCCCGUUAGGAUAUUUCCGGGAGGAGAGUCGCUCUGGGUGGUCAGACAGGCGUUUGACUAAGCCACCACCUCUCCCUAGCAAAGGACCUGCACCGGCUUCUCGGAGGGUCCUUGACCCUGCGUUUCUCGCGCGCGGGCCGCAGGCGUUGGCGCUGCCGGUUGCUCGCCCCGUGAGGGGCAGUUGGCGGGUGGAGGUAUAAUUAACCUUGAAAGUUUGCAUCUGCAAUCUUACCACCAAAAGAAAAGAUGAGAAAAACUAGCUGGAUUAAAAAGAACUGGCUGCUUGUGGCAGGACUUUCAUUUCUGGGUGUCCAUCUUGGUACAUAUUUUAUACAAAGAGCUGCAAAGAACUCUGCUAAAUCAGCCUUGGAAAUUAAGCAAAAGGAUUUUGGAGAAUGAAGUAAUUUUCUGCAAUCAUCACAUUAAUUUAUCACUUAUAGUUGUAUAAUUUGUUAAAUAUUAAACUAUGAACAGCUACAUGGACAUAGUUGUCAUUCUGUAUGCAAGGUUUCCCUCUUAUGUGCUUGGUACAAAGAGUAAAAAAAUACUUCUGUAGAUUAAAACAUCUAUAAUUUAUGGAUUCAAGGAAAAUGCAAUAAACUUGAAAUGUUGGUCAGAAUGAAAAUCUUGUCUUGAAGAUGUCUCGCAAUGAAGCUAAAAAGCCUUCAUUGUGUACUAAUGACCCUCUAACUAAAGAAAGAGUUAGUUUCUCUCUGUCUGUGUUAAGUGGAAUAGUAAAGUCUUGCUAUGGCCCUACUGGUAGACUCAAACAGCUCCACAAUGGUAUGGGAGGCUAUGUUCGCACAACUUCACAAUCUUCUGCCUUGCUUGGUGGCCUUUCUAUCACCCAUCCAGCAUUAAAGGUUCUGACAGCCUCUGUACAGAAUCAUAUAUCACGCUUCAGCGACUGUGGCUUAUUUACAGCCAUUCUUUGCUGCAGCUUGGUUGAAAAUUUUCAAAGAAUAAACUUUGCGGCCUGUACUGUCACUAAAAUAAGUAGACAUCUUUUGAGCUUAUGUACUGACUAUCUCAAGUCUGAGGCCUGUGGUUGCCGAGUAUCGGUGGAUUUUGACAGUAUUAAGACUCUUCUUUCUUUGGUACAUAGCAUAUUAGCAAGCAAACCUGCCUGCAUGCUUAACAAAACAGAAGCCAAUCACCUCAGCACAUUGGUUUUAAAGGCUUUUUUGCUUACAAUUCCGCAUACCAUUGAAACGAAUGUUGUUUUAGGAAAGUGUGUAAUUAUUCCUGUGAAAGAUAAAAGAGUUAUGGAUUCUACUGUAUUUCCCGGACUACUAAUAGAAAUACCAGAAUUUCAAUUGGCAAGAACAUUUCCUGUCAAAAGAGUUUCUUCAAGCACUAUCAAGAUGGCACUCUUCUGUAUCUCUAUGUCAGGAGACCUUUCCAAUAUUGGAGAAGGAACUGUAAUUGUCCAUCAUGGAAUUUCUCUAGAAGUAGCAGCAUUGGAUCAGUUGCUUAAUUUAGGAAAGCAGUUGGUGAAUGACCAAGUAGGCCUUGUAGUAUGCCAGAAAGUUAUCCACCCAUCUUUGAAACAAUACCUGAAAGAGCACCAUGUCAUCACUAUAGACAGAGUUGGAGUAUCUAUGAUGGAGCCCCUGAGUCAAAUGACAGGUUCACAGCCCAUUGCUGCCCUACAUUCUGUAUCUCCUACUUGUUAUGGCAGUCUGAAGGACUUGUGCACGGAGAGUUUUGUUUCAAAACAUUUCUUGCAUCUAAUUCCUAAUGAUACACUGGUCUGCAGCUUGAUACUCUGUAACAGAAAUGAAAUGGCAUGGGAUGAGCUGAAGCUUGCGUGUCAGACUGCAGAACAUGUCUUACAACUAACAAUCAAGCAACCAUUGGCACUGUUAGGAGGUGGCUGCACAGAAACUCAUUUGGCCUCAUACAUAAGACACAAGAGUUUUACCCUUCCUACUAGUGUUUUGAAAACCAUAGAUUGUUCUCGGACACAAUACCAGUUGGUUGCUGAUGCCUUUUGCCGCUCCCUGGAGUGUGUAGCUUGCUGCCUGGAGCAUGAUGAUGGUGAAAUUCUUACUGAUACCGUUUAUGGACAUUUUUGGUCUGUUCAAUCAGGUUUUCCCUCUGACUGUAACUGGUCAGAUUUAGUUUUGAAGUGUGGUUGUGGGAUUUACAAUAACCAGCGGAAUCUCAGUUGGACAGUUUUACGAAGCCAAUGUAUCCCUUUUGCUCCACAAAGCUGCUCUAAUGAGCCUUCUAUAAACUCCACUGACCAUCUUGUACUGGACUGUUUUACUGCAAAAUGUAGUGGUCUGCAAGUGGCAGUGGAGACAGCCAAUCUGAUUUUGGAUUUGUCAUAUAUAGUUGAAGAUCAAAAUUAGUUUAGUUUUCAUCUCCAUUAUUUUGAACUUCAUAUUUAUUUGAAAAAGUUCCAAAGCAGCAUAAAUAAUAUACUAAGAGACUACUAUGCAGGAGCAGAGUCUGUAAACAGAAUUUUAAUGUCAAGCGUAGUUGCUCAUUAAGCUACUUGUCUGAUUCCUACUCCACUUCAGUUGUCAUAGACAUUUGCAAUCAUAUUUAACAUUUUGUUAGAAAAAUUAAACAUUAUUAAUAGUCUAGUGUGCACUCAGACAUAACCAAAUUUUAGUAACACAUGACUGAGAAUUCAGACUAUAAUGUAUUCUAUCCAUUCAGACUAUAUACCGGGUAUGCAAAUAUGUGUUACUACACACAUGCACAACUACAUUAAAGGAAGGUUGUAAAAUGAAGCACUCAAAAGUUAGGAAGUGCCAGAAUUAAGGUUGCCUGUGCAACCUUAAUACAGUCUCUUUGUGUGUACGCAGUAUGAUUCAGUCUUUACUUAUCUAAUCACAUUGUACUUUUUCCACAAGACCCCUGACUCAUUCAGUCCACAGAAUGGCCAGUGCUGACUGAGUGAGCAGCUAUUCAAUAUUUUGUUAUAUCCUCAUGUGACCCCAUAUUUUAUUUACUUCAUGCUCUGAAGACAGAAUUAUUAAUUUCUUCAUAAGCUUUUGUAUGGCUCUGUUCUCUGUAGUAUCUGAGUGCUUCGUAAACAUUAAUUUAUUCUUGUAAUACUCGUGCGAGAUGAGGAGCUGGUAUCCCCGUUUUAUGGAGGGGGAGGCACAGGAAGAUUAAGGGAAAAGGUUUCCAGUUUAUUUGUGUAUUGAACUAAUGUAAAGACUGAGGUACAUAUUUAUUUCUAUUUAUAUGGAUGGAAGGUUAAAAGGUGCAUAGAAAUUAGCAGGUACACGUGGAAAUGGAAAGUAGCAGUUCCACAUCAUGGGGCAGAUCCUCAGCUUGUAUAAAACAGUCAGAACUCCAGAAAGCUAUUACAGUUUGCAGUACCUAAGGAUCUCCUCCUCCCCCAUCCUCUCCCCCCCCAGAGUUUCUUUUAAUCCUUCACUCUGAGAUUAAACCCCAAUUUCAUGGUAAUGCUGCUCCCCAGGAGAUGUCAGAAUAUGCAGCUACAAUGAAGUGGAAACAGGAGCAUGGUUCAGAAGCUGGUCAGCCAAUGGGGAGGGAAGUACUAGCAGAGCACAGUAGUUGUGUUUGGAGAUCUACAAAAUUAGGGAGUGAUUCUCACUGAUACUGAAUCUCUACAGGCCACUGCUCCCACCUCUGCAGCAUCACAAACCCUCUCACCCAGGAUGGCUGAACUAGAGAAACAAACAUCUUGUGUGGUUUUUAAUUUUUUAAUUCCUCCCCCUUCUGCAGCUAUUUCUGUGAAGGGUACCCUUUGUUAGGGAGGAGAUCUGUAAAAUAACUUUGCUUUAUUCAUGUGGAGAAAUUGGCCUUUUUCUGUUGAAGGAAUUCUGAAAUAUCAAAAUAAAAUGUACCUGGCCCUUGCGAAAGAGAUUCCCUCUAGAAGCAGCAUGGAGCCAAACAGUCCUGCUAAACACACUAAAAAAUGUAAAUUCCCGGUGUGACACUGUACCCCAUAUUCUUCAUAGUGAUAUUAUUAUGGUAUGAUUAUGGCAUAUUUCUGAUGUAUUUUAUGCUAGAUCGGUCAUGUGAGAUAUCAUUGGAAAGGUUAUGAUUUAUUAAUAUAAUUAUCCUAUUUGUAUGCAUGUAUCAUUUUUGUAUCUGAAGUUAGGAAUAUUGACUAUGUAUCUGUAUCACAAAUAGAUUUACACCUGCGGAAUGCCGACUAGGCAAAAGACUGUCAGUCUAGAUGGCUGGCUGGGAAAGGCCCAUUGAAGUUUAUGAACCAUUAGAGAAAAAACAAUAGGUCUUAGAAGGAGCUUAUUUCCCUCCUGGGAAUAUGAAGAUGCUACAAACAGCCUCCGAGCAAUGGUUGCUCUGGCACUACAGGGACAUGUAACCAGCUCACCAUCUUGGAAUAUCAGUGUUUUUCCACUGACUGGCGUGGAAACCAGGCUUUGAGACAAAGGGUUCCCGCCAUAUGCACAAGCUAUUUAAGGCAGGGGAGUGACAUCAUUGUGAUUCUUCACUGAUUCCCUGCCCCAAAGAGACUCUUGGAAACACCUGAGGAACAAGGACUGAACUGGGGAGAGGUGCUGGACCCAGGCUAAAGGGAUUUUUAGCCUGUGAAUGGAACACCUGGGGUUUUUAAGCUGUAAACAAGUGCAGAUGGCCCCUUAAGAAUCUCUGCAGCCUGCUUGAAUCAUCAUUUAGGGUGAGAAUUUGCUACUCAUUUCCAA